UCAUCGUAGCUUCGAAGCGUUCUAAGCUGUAAGCAUCGCCCGGGUCAGUGCGAUUAGUACAUUGUUAGUAUCCACUGGCGCAUCACUUGAUCUAGUCGUGAGCUUGAGGCUCUUCUCGUACCACUUGGGAUUUCUGUAUCAGUAUAAUUAAUUCUAGUCAUCGAUCACGUAUAGUUAUGCAAAUAUUCCAAGCUUUGCUGUUGUUUGCAUUUUACUUUCACUUAUCGUUAGGAAUCACGCACAAAUGCUCCCACUCUUGGGUAUUCAAAAAAAUCCUUGGUUUACGCCCUGUACAAGGACACAGGUCGAACGAGGCAAUAGCCGUACAUCCGUUAUAUGCCGCCACUAGGUCUACAGAUGAAGCGGUUAAUGUAAAAUGUGCACGACUUUGCCGCGAAGAUCCAGUAUGCCACGGGUACCUGUUAGUCUUCAGUCAAAAUACUUGCUACGGCUAUACCAGUGAUCGGUCCGCGGUGGGACAAACCCGCUACGACUACAUUGACAGCAACAACCAUCAAUUACUGCCCGACGUAAACGUUGCAUAUUUCGUGAAAAGUUGCCUGAACGUGUCAUCUGAAUGCGCCAGCCGCAAGUUAUUCCCGGUUGUGGUGAUUCCGGGUUCCAGCUUGAUAGGACACAACUCGGUGCAGCUUCCGCAGCUUGUGUCACGAGAUGAUUGUGCAGAUGCCUGUCUCCGGGAGCAACGUUUCACGUGUCGAUCAGCAAGAUUUGUACACUCGUUUCGGAACAACAGACAUCGAUUGAGCACGAAGAUCUACCAUGGCAAAGAAAUUGGACAAUGCUUUCUCAGUCAGGCAAACAAAUUCACCAACCCGGAAUCGUUCACGUACGGUUCGGAAGAUGAAGACUACUUAGAAAAUCAGUGUCAAGAUCUACCUCGUAGUGACGCGAUUUGUUCUUUCGAGCAAAAUCACGAUAAAGCAUUUGUUUAUGCCGAUGAUUCAAUGAUCGUGUCAGGUGAGAAAAGCUGUAUCGAGCGUUGUUUGAACGAGGAUCGUUUUGCUUGUUUAGGAUAUACGUAUUAUAAGACACCCAAGGGGGGAGGAUCUUCGACCUGUUUUUUACACUCUGAUGAUUUAACAUCGUUGGGCCCAAAGGCGGUGCGAGUGCUGCACGAUUCAGUGUAUGCCAAGAGAGUAAAAUGUUUGUCGAUAGAGGCCCAGUGUCAAAGCAAUCUGUUAGAAGUUGGUUUUAAUCCAUCAUCAUCCGAAUUUCGCGGAAGAAUUUACUUGGAUACACCAAACGUAAACUGCAGUCUUGAAUCAUCGAGCAAUGAGACGAGGAUCCUCACAAUCGCUACUGGAAAUGAGCUUAUUGAAUCCCGUUGUGGCAUCAGAAGAGCAUUUAUUAAGGAAAACAUGAACAGUUUCCUAAUAUUUGCACACGUGUAUCUUCAGCAAGAUCCCGUGGUACGAACGCAAUCUGAUAGACUCCUGAAAAUGGGAUGCAUCAAUCAUUCCGGGUCAUCCAAUAUGACGGCUUUAAUGAACAACAUGCCGAUGAAAUCAACCGUCGACUUCAUUCCCCACAGACAAUCAUUUAGUUUCGGCUCGACAAAAAUCAGCAACAGCAGUGACAAUAUUGUCAAACACGUAACUAUUAAACUAUUGGAUGUUGCAACGCAAGCAGAGGUGUUUGAGGCAAUUCUUGGUCAGCUCAUAGAAAUGCGAAUAGUGUCAGAGAAUCCCGACUUCGAUUUGAUGCCGUACAAUCUGUAUGCGUUCUCGUCAAGCCAAAGUCUACAACUUUUAAAUGAAAAAGGAUGCGCUGUGAACAGACAACUUUUCGACGGUUUUCAGAUACGAAAAACAUCUUCCGGUGUUACGUUGCAUACGCGGUUCCAUGCGUUUAUGUUUCCAGGUUCAAUCGAAUUGAACUUUAGGCUUGAAAUCAAAUUUUGCUACGAGUUGUGCCCAAAAGCGGUGUGCUUCUAUCAAUAAAAUUUAUUCGUAACUGAAAGCUAUUCUUUGUUCUACCAUGAAACAACUAUUGUAACAAAAAUUUGCUUUAA